CCAAAAAAUAAAAAAAUGGAUGCCACCGAAGCAGUAGUACCCAAUUUGCAAAAGGCAAAUCACCACAAAUCACAAACCAAGAGACUUAAACAUGACGACACUAAACAUACAAAAAAAAAGUCAAAGAAGGAUAGUAAUGACGACUACGACAAGUCAAAGAAACGCAAGCACCGUCAUGGGCAAAACGAUCGAUCUAGCAGCAAGAAGAAACGUAAAAUCAAAGAUUUAAUUGACAAGGGAAGAAAAGAACAAAAAAUACCCACGAUCAGUGACGACGAUACCAUUAAAAAUGUUCAAGUACCUACUCCUUCGGCUGCAACUACUUCUACUACUACUACUACUACUACUACCGCCAGUACUACCACGAAACCUGCUAACGAGAAAAAAGCAACAACAGCAGCAACGGAUAUUCAAACCUACGACAGUGCAAGCGAUAGCGAUGAUGAGGACGACAAUAGUAGCAACAACAUUGCAUCUAGUACACCUGCUGCUGCUUCCCAUACAAGAACAACGACAACAACAAAAGCGAAAAGGAAAGAUGCAACGCUUACACAUAACCGAAUCCUCCCUACAUUGCAUUAUGUCUAUGAUGAUGGUGUGGACAUGAAAACGCAGAUCAAGGACCGUCGUAUGGUUAUUGCCACUGUCAAAGUGAAUCGCGAUUAUUAUAUUUCGGAUUCGGACGAAGAGUCGGAUUCGGACGACGAUGGUAGUCCAGAAUACCCAUGGCAUGAAAAAAUGACGGAUCGGAAACAACUCAAGGCGAAAGUGGAUAGUGGUGAAUGGAAAGUCAAGAUGGGAAGAUUCACUAUCGAAGAAUUGAUAAAACUCGAGAAACGGAUUAAAAAGAUUGGCAGGCGUGAAAAUUUGACGUUGGAACAACUUCGUGAAACGAUAUUGGCAGAAAACUUCAAAGCAAACUCAAAGUUUUGGCAUAGGAUUGUAAAAGUAUUCCCGGAUCGAUCAUUGACACAGAUUUACAAUCAUACCAAGGAGUGCUACCAUGUAGAUGCAUACAAGGUUCAGUGGACAAAGGAAGAGGAUGAAAAGUUAUUAGAGCUCGUCAAACAAUACGAUAACCACUUUAGCAAAAUCGCAAAAGAAAUGGAUCGAACGAGAAAGGCAUGCCAUGACCGAUACCGGACGCUGAAAAACAAAUCCACAAGACGCAGAGGCUGGACAAAGGACGAAAUGGAAAAACUGGAUAAGGCUGUCAAGGAGUAUACACAAAAGCAUGGGAAGGAUAUUUCUUGGGAGUAUAUCGCAAAGACAUACUUUGAUGGAGAACGCAAUCAGUUGCAGAUUCGAAAGAAAUGGGAUAGCAUGCAACAUACCUCCCAUGAAGCUCAUGAACCAUCAGCAGCCGACGUGGUUAUUGUGCGAACCAGAAAAGAUGUGACUGUACAGGCACAGCUCAUGCUAUUUGAACAGAUGCAAAACAUGGGAUGGCGUUCUGAAAAUGCUAUCGAUUACAACAAGGUCAACACGGACAAGUUUAAAAUCAACAAGGAAACUGCCAGAAAAACAUACUACAAAAUGAGAGACUCAAUAUCCGGCUGUGAAAAAAUGAAAUUUCCAGAAAUUAUUGAUCGGCUUGUGACAACUCGACGGGCUAUGGUUGAAAGUCUCAACGGAUAACCGAUCAUUUGCCUUUGUAUCUUUCCGCUUAAACUUGUUCUGUAUAUAUACAUAUCCCUUCUAAUACACAAUGGCUACAGAAAGGUUAGGGUUUCUGGGAUGCCCUGAAUAUGUGGUAAUACGUGUAAUAAUACCGCAUACUAUACUUUGCCAAGUUAGUAUGUGUACUCGAUAAAUGUUCAUGAUGAAAUAUUGUAUUUAAAAAGCAAUCGAGAACAAAGACAUUCAAAUUCUAUUAAAAGAGAUGCGUCAAUACUUCAGGUUCUUCAUUGCGGUCGCGUCUUAUUUUACUGCGCCAGCCCAUACUUAUUUAUGCAUCGAAUAGCACAUAGACUCAAAUCAAGAACUUCCUUUUUUUUUUCGCGCUAUCCAACAAAACCUGAUGAUACGUAGAUCCCUCCCAGCAUAUGGUCCUCUUUCUGUUGAGGCCGCCGUUUAAGUGAUCUGUGAUGUUGAGUGAUCAAAAGUGC